AGCGGCUGAGAGGCGGCCGAGGUCGGAGGGAGGUUUCCCCAGGAGAGGACUGACCUGUCGUCAAAGGGAAAUCGAUUGAAGUAAUCCAGGUCACAUAAAGUCACAUGUUAUCACAGGACAGAAGUCAGCAGCUCAUUACCAAGUUUCCUGAUAAGUUCUGUCCUUCAGCUUCUCAAGUAUGCAGUGACCACUGGUGGCUUUCUGCCUAAGGGACCAGGAGAGAAUGCUCCAAUGGAGAAGUUCCAGAAAUAUAUUUUACUUCCUCUCAUCGUAACUGCCUUCCUAACAGGUCUUGGCUCUUGUUACUCUAUUAUAGAAGGCCCUUCGAAUGCAACAGUCCUUGCUGGUUCAGAAGCCCGCUUCAAUUGCACGGUGUCGGUCGGAUGGGUAAUUCUCAUUUGGCUGUCCAAUGCAAAUCCUGUCCUCACCGUCAUCAGUUCUCAAGGAGCUGUUGAGACGUCAGACCGCUUCACCUCUCAGAAUUAUACCAGUGGCAAUGCGUUUACCUCGGAGCUGAUCAUCCACAACACACAGCUGAGUGACUCUGGAAAAAUCGAAUGCAGCACCCAGCAACCUAGUGAGAGCAGGUUUGCAUUUCUUUCUGUUCAAGUUAAUGGAUCUUUAUUAAUCAAAAAUAGCACCUUAACAGUAAAAGAGAACAAAACAGUUGACAUUGUUUGUGAAGCCUCAGGAUGGUCUCCAGCUCCAGACAUUACCUGGAUGACAAAUGACUCUUUCAUUGAUAAGUCGAGGUAUGUUACCCAGCAAAGUCAAGGAUCUGAUGACCUCCACAAUGCCCUGAGCAUCCUAACUUUGACUCCAACGGAUACUGAGAUUUUGACUUGUUUAGCUGACAUAGAAGCACUCCCUAGCCCUCAAAAUGCAAGUGUAACUGUUAUUUUUGUCAACUCUACUAUGGAAAAUGAAUACAGUGAAGACAGCGGAAGCACGAGGGUUAUUGUACUUGCAGUUGUGUUUUCAGUACUUGGUAUUGUUCUUCUGAUCGUUAUUAUUGUGGUUGUUGUUCGCUGCUGCUGCCUAAAGAAGAAAGAAUCAACGUAUCAAGAUGAAAUCAGAAAAGUUACAGCUGAGAAGAAAAACUAUGGUGAUGUGGAAAACAGGCAGAGGCAUGGCGGUGAGAAUCUGGGAUACAUUCCGGAGGAACUGUGGAACAUAGAAAAAAUCCCAAGAGUUACUUCUCUUGCCCCAGUGUCUUCAGAGUUCACUGUCUCUGCUGCAGAUUUACAUACCAGUUCUGUACCAAAGGUGCAACCUCAAAGACAUAUUGAUUACCCCAUCAACCCAAAGAAAAUUAGAAACAUGACACUUGUUUAGGAUGCACUUCAGGAAAUUUUUCUAUCAGUUGCAUUUUACAUGUUUGGAUGCCUUCCUGCAACGGAGAAAGGUUAACACCAAUUCUCUCAUUUUAAGCUAUAAGUUAUUUUUAUUUUUCUUCUGAUGUAAUGAAAUAAAAUUGCAACCUUUAUCAUAUAGCAUAUGCUAUCUCAGCAAAAUACUGGACAUAAAUGACAGCCUUAACUUCAGAGACAAUGAAUUUUAUGGGACUCUACAAGAACAAAAAUCCAUGCUUUCGGAUCCAAGGAAAUCAGCAAAACUCCUAUCAGCCAGAAAUAUUGUUAUAUACAGCAAGAUCAAGGACUGCUUCUGCAAGAGAUUUAUUAGGUUGGGAGAACUGGUUAAUAAUAAUGUUGGUUAAUGCAAUAUCUACUGCUUUUUAUGUACUUUAAGUACAGCUGAUCAUCUUGAGCCUGUAGAGCAGCAACAUUUUUCAAUUUCUGUUCUGUAAUAAAAUCAAGGAAAUUUUUCAUGAGGACUGUUUAAAAAUUUUUAACAAAACUAUCUUUGUAUUAGAAUUUGUUUCAUUUCAAUACAUUCUUUUGUUAAAGUUAUUUAUCUUAAAUCAAAUUUUCCAGUUUUAAAUAAAAAAAAAAACAAUCAUCA